AUGGAUGAUUUCGAUGGAUUGUUUGAUCAUGAUCUAGACCUUGACUUAUUGGACUCACCAUCCAACCAUGCCUUGACCAGUAAAGACACAGGCAUGGACGAUGACUUUGGAGACGAUGAUGAUCUUGAUCUAAAUGACCUUGUGGAAGUGACAGAGGCAGUAGAACAACAACAUGCUGUAUCCAAUGGCCAAAUCAGCUUUGUUUCCUUUGGAGAACAUGAUCCUUUACCUCCUCCAGCUUUACCUUCAUCUACACCAUGCUUUCAUCCCUUUGACACUGAGAAUUUGCGUACAUGGAUCUAUCCCAUCAACUAUCCUAUUCGUGGCUAUCAAUUCAACAUUGUUCAGAAAGCCAUGUUCCAUAAUACACUGGUAGCAUUGCCUACAGGUCUUGGUAAGACCUUUAUUGCUGCUGUUGUCAUGUUUAAUUACUAUCGUUGGUUCCCAAACUCGAAAAUCAUUUUCAUGGCACCUACACGUCCUCUUGUGGAGCAACAAAUCGAAGCUUGUUUUACUAUCUGUGGUCUACCUCAAGAAGACACAGUCGAAAUGAUGGGCAGUACAACACCAGCCAAACGAAGAGAACUAUGGAAAUCAAAACGAGUGUUUUUUGCUACACCACAAACGAUUCAAAAGGACCUUGAAUCAUCCAGUUGUGCCGCUGAAAAAAUCGCUUGCAUUGUCGUUGAUGAAGCCCAUAAAGCCACAGGCAAUUAUGCCUAUUCUGAAGUCGUUAGAAAAGUGUCGAAAAAGAACAAAGAUUUCAGAGUGCUUGCCUUGACAGCGACGCCAGGCUCUAAUUUAGACGCUGUUCAAGCUGUGGUUGACAAUCUACAUAUCACAAACAUUCAGAUUAGAACAGAAGAUUCAAUGGAUAUUCGUGAAUACUCGCAUGGAAAAAACACACAGCAUGUCAUUGUCAAACUGAGUUAUACAGAAGGAUCAACAGGUCUUCUUCCUCGUAUCAUUGAAGACUUCAAACAGAACGUAUUGGGCCCUCUGCUUACAAAUCUGUCUAAAUUGCCCAUCAAUGUCUCGGCUGAUAUAGAGCGCACCUCCUCAUUUGGGCUGCAUGUUGCUCGCAACACGUUUAGAAAUACAGCGAAAAACGUAAACCAAAACAUCAAAUGGAAAGUAUUUUCCUUGUGUUUAGUUGCAGAACAAGCUUAUCGAGCUUAUGAGCUCCUGUGUCAGCAUGGUAUUGCUCCUUUUGUGAGCACAGUUGAGUCUAUACUUCAGGAAUUCAAUGCUAUCACUCAAAACGGCAAAGAAAUGAAUCAAGCUCAGCGUCAAUUUGUUAAGAACAGCGCACUUCAAGGUAUAUUGCGGACAUGCAAACAAGAAAUGACCAAGCCAGACUUUGUUGGCCAUCCUAAAAUGGAUCAAUUGGUUUCUAUUUUACUGAACCAUUUUGCUAGUUUAAGCGAAGGCAAAACAUCAAGGGCCAUGGUGUUCUCUAGCUAUAGAAAUUCUGUUCAAGAUAUUGUGAAUGUGCUCAAUAGACAUUCGCCCAUUCUUCUUCCUUCUUUCUUUGUUGGACAGGCGUCUGAUAAGCAUGGUACGAAGGGUUUAAAACAAACAGAACAACAGGCUGUUAUUCAGAAAUUCAAACGAGGCGAAUUCAAUGUCUUGGUAUCGACAAGCAUUGGUGAAGAAGGUUUAGAUAUUGGUGAAAUUGAUUUGAUUGUAUGCUUUGAUUCUCAAUCAUCACCUAUUCGUAUGCUACAAAGAAUGGGUCGUACAGGUCGUAAACGAAAGGGUAAAUGUAUCUUACUCAUGACAGAAUCUGAAGAAAAGAAAUUCCAACAAGCAAAAGAUGCUUAUUCUCGAAUUCAAGGCCUUAUUACGCGUGGUGGUCUAUUGAAAUACUAUAAGCCUAACCCUAGUGUUCUGCCCAACAACUACAAACCCUCACUCUGUCGUAAAAAGCUAGAUGUGGGUGUCUAUGUGCCUAAGAUGGUUAAAAAACGAAAGCGUGGCCAGGAACAGGAGUCUGAUUAUACCCCAGAAGGCUUGUUGAAGCCUGAAGUUGAGCAUGCUUUUAUUCGUAGCUUUAAUGACCAAGACCAUAUGUUUACUUCUAUGGAGCCCAUCAUGGAACGGUUUUGGCCAGUACAGCGUAUGGUGAAAAGUGUCAAUAAGUUUAUACCGAUUCAGACAGUUAGUAAAUCAGUUCACCGGGUACAGCAUUCCAGACGUACGUUGCAGUUUGUCGAUCUUGUCAAGAAAAUGGAGCACCGCAUCCUGCAUCCUGAAGAGAAAAUCAAUUUCAAGUUUUCUUUGCCCAAGAAACAAACCCAUUUACACUUACCUUCGAAAGGAAAACAGAAAAAGACACGUCCUUAUGAUUCCGUGGACCUGGACAAUCAAGAUUUUGCUGCGUUCAUGGAAAACCAUGACAUGUCGCAGUUCAUGAUGACAGACGAUAUGCCUACAAAAGAACUGGUGCUCCCAACCUCAAAAAAAGAUAAAGGCAAAGCCAAGAUGAACCCAAGCGACGAGGGACAUGUCGAAUUUAACUCUGAUGCGGAUAAGCAAAUGGAUCCUCUUUCUUCGGACCCCAUGUUGCCUGAGAGCGUCUAUGAAGAACCAGGUCUUUUUGAAGACAGACAGAAAGACGUGCAAGUAAGUGUGUCUGAUACCUUGACACCUGUUCCUGACUCUCCUAGUAAUCAACAUGACGCAAGUGAUGGAUUUUCUGAUGAAUUUCCUUUGGACGACUCGUUCAUUGCAGAUGCCUUAUUGAUGGUGGAAGAUGUGCCUGGUUUUCAUGAUCCACUUGAACCUCAGUUUCCUUUUGAAACAAACACAUAUGCUUCUAAAGCUAUUUCGUUUGUCUGGACGCAUGCGAUGCCUGAGUUCAGCAGAAAAGCAAAAGAUUUACUUGAUCAACGACAGAUCAGCAUGAAAGAAUUGACAGGUCGAUUCUUGGCCAUGCAAUGCUUUCCUCAAUAUGGCCAGCAGAUAAGCCGUGUUUUACGUGAUACAGUCGAAACAAAAGCAUCAUCUCCUCCCAAGGAACCUCCUCAAACAAAAUCGCCAGUCAAAGUCAUGACAAUCAAAGAUAGUCAAGCCAGCGAACAUCAAGCACAACCUAUGGAAGACGACGAUGACUUUGAUCAAUUUGAUUUUAUCAGUGACGGAGCGUUUGCUAAUUUUCUUGAGAAUAAAUUCUCGGAAGAUGAUCAGCCUGGCGACUUUUCUCAUUUUAUGGAGGAACAAGAAGCAAGCCAACAAUGUUUUACUCAACACAUCAUGAAAAAGUCUUCCCUAUAUGCUGAUACAAGUCAAAAACAACAAGAUAAUCACAAAGAACAAGAAGAAGAGGUGUUUGUAUUUGACCUCAACGAACCAUUUUCUGAUAGUGAUGAUGAAGAGCAAGGAAAUAACCAAGCUAUGCCUACACUUAAUCAACACAUAGAAAACCAAGAAGACAAUCAAGUAUUGCCUAUGUCAAUUGAGCGAGUCAACAACAAAGCAUCGCUCCAAGAGUCCUCACCUAUACAUAUUCAACAAGAAGUAAAUACAACACCUUUAAUAAGUAUCAAUGAAGACAGUCAGCCUCGUCUUGCUCAUACAAGAAAAGCGUCUGUUCUACUCACCAGCGAUGAUGAAACAGAACCAGAUACAGCAGUUCGUGCUGGCCAUCACCGUAGUUCAAGCUUGUUGAGUGAAUUAUCAAGAGGCAUUUACACCCCAUCUCCGCUUCGCCAUGACAUUCAAAGCAGUGAAAAUGAAGCUUCUCCUGUGUUGAUAUACCGUAAAAGACGCAUGAAAAACAGAAUCAUUCAAGAAGACGAUCAUGAUGAAGAUGGCGAUCAAGUAGAGAUUGUCAAGACAAGAAAGAAACGGUUACGACAAAAAUCUUCUACACUUUCGCCUCUUGCUUCUGAAGAUGACUUGAUCAUUGUACCACCUUCUAGCCAUAGUCUUCUGAAGCGACUUAAACAAAGUGGCUAUAAUGCUCAUCAUCGAACUCGUCAAGAUCAUAAUGAUGAGUUAGAGAACCCGUUUAUUGACGUUGAAGCAGAAAAAAGUAGCGAUGGAGGCCAUACAACAGAAGACGAGAUGGAAGAAGGUUCUUCCUGCAUGGACUCUUUUAUUGAUGAUGCUAGUGAUUUACUUGCAAGUCGCAUCUCAAACGACACAGCAAGUCCAGCUCGAAACAUUUACGUUCAGAGCUUAUUACAUGACGAAAAUCCUAGUAACCGAAAGCAUUGGAUCAACAGAUUUGAUGCUGACAAAUGGACUAACUUUAAUGGAAACGAUGAUGGUAUUGUUCAGACAGAAGAUGAAGAAGAACCUGAAAGUGUACAAGACUUUUCGUCAGAUGUUCAUUUAUUUUCCAACAAUAACCGUGGCCAUUUAGAGCAGAUAGAGGCAGAUGAUGAUGAUUUUAUGUAA